UUUUAUUUUGAAAAAACAUAUUACCGUAAUGUGUAGUUUAUGCGCGCACACGACAAUAUAUCGUGCUGUUUUUCCGUAUUAACCCGAUGGAUCGUUUAUUCGUCUUCUGCUUUCUAUUGAUCAUGGACGGUGUGUUUGGAGCUGAUGUUACAGUUUCAGUGACGAAGGAAGUUUCUGUCACUCUGCCUAUUAAUGCUAGUGAAAUAAAGGGAAAUGAAAUGCUGCAGUGGACGUUUGAAAACACGAAUAUAGCAACUAUUGAUUUGGAAGUGAAAACUAAACAACCAAAAUACCCUGAUGAGAGAUUCACAAACAGACUAAAUCUGGACCGUACGACUGGAUCUCUCACCAUCAGCAACAUCCUAACUGGUGACACAGGAAAAUAUCAGCUGGAGAUCAUGGCCAACAGCGAUGAUGUCUUCAAGACGUUUAAGACAUUCAGUGUUAGUGUCACUGAAGUGGAGUCAGUAUCAGUAAAGAAGGGAGAGUCUGUCUAUCUGGACACCAAAAACAAUACACAGGCAGAUGAUGUGAUAGAAGUGAAGUUUAAAAACACACUCAUAGCUAAAGUGGACAGAAAAAUCAGUCCCAUCUCAGAUCCUGUACUUGAUGAGAGAUUCAAAGACAGACUGCAUGUGGAUUUGUUUGGUUCUCUCAUCAUCAGAAACAUUGAAACUAAUGAGUCUGGAUUUUAUGAUGUGAGCAUCAUUAACAGCCAACACAUCAUUCACAAGAGAUUCACUCUUACUGUCAAUGCCAUUACAGAAUCCAAUCCAAGGUCAAGCUGGGACACCGCUGGUCCAGUAUUAGUGAGCUUGCUGGUGAUAACUGUGAUAGGCCUGGUUUCAUAUAUAAUAUACACCAAGAUACAAGCAAGGAAAAAUGAAAUGAGUGGCUUAUGAAGCAGCCCGCCAUGACAGAAUAUGGCAUAUACUAGGACUGCAUGAUUAAUCGGAUGCAAUUAUCAUGCACUAUUCAUCAGUAAAGCUGCAUUAGUAGUAAAUCACCAUCACCUGCUUUCAAAUGGAGCAGCAUUUACUACAAUAUCGCAUUUAUUAUCCGAGGCGAUUCGUCAGCCAUUAUAAAUGUAAUAUUGUCUAGCUUCUGAUUUACAGCUCUGUAAGUAAAUGCUCCUCCAUCUGAGAGCAGAUGAUGAUGAUUUACUACUUAUCAAGGAAUUGGCUUUACUGACUAGAUACGAUCCCCGCUAUUCUUACAUGUUGCGAUUGUUAUAUUGGAUUUAUUGGGUUUUGUAGUUUAAGGUUCUGCUUGUUUCCAGAUUCCCGUCACAAAUUUUUCUUUGUUAGUGCUUUGUCUCCACAUUACAAUAAACUUGUGUUUAUACAAUGCUAUGUCAGGUGAUAAGACCGAAAUCUAGAAAUACUCAGGCAUUACUCUCAUCUUCAAAUGAGGCGACAAUUUAAGUUUAUACUAUUCAACCUUAAGUUGCGUUUUCUCCAUUCUAACUUUAACUCAUUUCAACUUAAAGGGGACAUAUUAUGAGAUUUUUUUAAGUGUGUAAGCAUCAAUCUCCAAUUUCAGUCUUAUCCUGAAUGUAUAUUUAUGGUGUCAAGGUAUAAUGUACUUGUAAUAAUAAUUUUUCACAAGCUCACAAUAUGUCACAAUUAGCAAUUUAUUUUACCAGGCAGAUUUAAGCUUCAAACAUCAAUUAAAUAAUGCAAAACAGGAUAUGAUACAGAACUAUUUAAAUUGAUUAACAUGUUGCAAAAGUUACAAAGUCAUACCUGGCAAUAAACACACAGAGACGUGUCUGUCUCAUCACAAUUAACUUGAUUCUUGGAUGCAUAAAAAUUGUGUAUAUUUUGUUACAAAACAUUGGGGUGUGUAACUGAUAACUGAUGGAAUUUCUAGUUUGUGUUAAUUGGCUUAUACAGGCUAUGUUAAAACGUCAUAAGCAUCCCCCUUGACUCUCCUUGUCCUGCUCUUCCAUGGGGGGCACGAUCAGGAUUUUGAAAAGUUGGGGGACAUGCCCCCCUUGUCCCCAGUGAAAAAUUAUUCCCCGAACAAUACUGUAUGUUUAACUGUUUAGUAUAUCACUGUUAUGUUUUUUUUGCCUGUCUAGACUCUAGACUAUUGCAAUUCUCUCUAUGCUGGUUUUCUUAGUUUUCCAUUGCUUGUCUUUAGUUAGUCCAGAAUAACUUCUAAACUUUUAACAAUAUGAACAUGUUACUCCCCUACUGCGCUCACUGCACUGGCUCCCUAUUAAACAUAGGAUUCACUUUAGGAUCUUACUAUUUGUGUUUAAUGCAUUCAACAAUUCAGCCUCCCAAUAUCUGUCUGAACUAUUGUUCCCAUACACCCCCUCAAGAGCUUUAAGAUCUUGUAAUCAUGGGCUACUUAUAGUUUAGAAGUCUUGGGUUAAAAUUUGCAGUGACCGUGCCUUUGCCACUAUUGGUCCAAAACUCUGGAAGUCUUCCAAUUCAACGUAAAAUCUGUGCCUUCCCUUUCAACUUUUAAAAUUAAACGCACAUUUUUCUCUUUGGUUUUUUAUGUUCUUUAACGGUCUCUUAUAUUCGUAUUUUUCUUACUUAUAUUUUAUCUUUUAUUAUUCUGUAAUUUUUGUAUUUUUUAUUUUAUUAGCUGUGUUUUAUUUUCCUUUUUUGCUGUUAUUGUACAGCACUUUGGUUUACUCAGGUGGUUUUAAAAUGUGCUUUACUAUAUAAAUAAAGAUUGAUUGAUUGA